AGUUUAAUUUGAGCGACUUCAGUUUAUAUUUUGUCGGCAAUCAAAAAUACUAUAAUGAACGAUUUAGAAGAAAAAACUGUCACUCGAAUGAAGGGAACAACGGUUGUGAAGCCUGUCGUUUAUGGGAAUGUGUCUCGAUAUUUCGGGAAAAAGUCAGAAAAUGGUCAUACUCACCAGUGGACAGUCUUCGUGAAACCUUUCGAUAACUGCUGCAUGUCUCCUUUUGUUAAAAAAGUUGUGUUCAGAUUGCAUGCUGAUUACAAUGAUCACAAUAGAACUGUUACUGAACCUCCCUAUGAAGUUACUGAAACAGGAUGGGGAGAAUUUGAAGUUUUAAUUAAGAUAUUUUUUGUUGAUGUGAAUGAGAAACCGGUAACGUUGACACAUUUAUUGAAAUUGUUCCACACUGAUCCUGACAUUACUUUGGGUAAAAAGCCAUUGAUAAUCGAACACUACGAUGAGGUUAUUUUUCAAGAGCCGUAUCCUCUUUUUCACAAGCUUUUAAUGGAAAAGAAGAGAGUAACGUGUGGUGAAUAUAAACAUCAUUAUGAUCAUGAAACCUUCAAGAAGAAUGAUUUCGAGCAAAUGAAAAGCGUUCACAAGCAAGUUGAGAGUGCUCUCGAAACUGUUCGGCAUUUUAAAGUUUUAACAGCCAGAGCAAUUCAUGCUUUGCAAGAACACGAAAAAGAAAGUUUAGAUGCAAUGAAUGACGAACAAGUAGAUUAG